AGUGCGAGGGGAGGGGGGGGAAAUGGCAGCAGCAACUAUUUCUAUAGAGCAGGACCAGUUCUGCUGUUCCGUGUGCCUGGAGGUUCUGAGGGACCCGGUGACGAUCCCCUGCGGACACAGCUACUGCCUGGCCUGCAUCGAGGACUACUGGAGCAGGACCCGGCAGAAGGGCCAGUUCAGCUGCCCCCAGUGCCGGCAGGUGUUCAACCCCAGACCCCUGCUGAGCCGGAACACGGUUCUGGGGGAAGUGGUGGAGCAGUUCAAGCGAAGCGGAUUCGAAGCUUCAGCCCAAACUUCGGCCAAACCGGAUGACGUGAAGUGCAGCGCUUGCUCGGGGAGGAAGAGCAAAGCUGGGAAGUCCUGCCCGGGUUGCUCGGCUCACCUGAGGGUCCAGGAGGAACGCGUCCACGGAAAGGUUCAUAAAGUGGUUCCAGCUUCCGAGCAGCUGAGGGAGAAGCUGUGUCCGCAGCACGACAAACCACUGAAGCUGUUCUGUCGCACGGACCAACACGGGGUGUGCUCCCAGUGCGUGAGAGACAGACACAAGGGCCACGACACCGUCCCAGUGGCGGAGGAGAGAUCUGCACAACAGAAAAAACUCCAAGAAACCGGUUUGAAGUCUGUGCAGAAAUUGAAGGACACGGAGAAAGAACUUCGAUAUAUAAUCGGAUACAUUAAGCACUCCACCGAGGCAGCGGUGGAUGAGAGCGAGAGGAUUUUCUCCAGGCUGAUCCGCUCCAUAGAGAAACAAGGCCUGGAGGUGAAGGAGCUGAUCCGAGGCCAGGAGAGAGCGGCUGUCACUCAGGCUGCGGAGCUGCUGGAGAAGUUGCAGAGGGAGAUAAUGGAGCUGAGGAGAACCGAGGCCGAGCUGGAGAAGCUCUGUCGCUCCGACGAUCACGUCCACUUCCUGCAGAGGUCCAAGUCUUUUCAUUUCCCUACCAAGACGGUGGAGAUGCCCAGCACUGAUGCACUUCAAUAUUCAAUGUACAAAACCACGAGAGUAGCCCUGGCUGAUCUGAAGGGCAGUCUGGAUGAAACAUUCGAAAAAGAAUUAAGCAGAAUCUCUGAGAAAGUGAUUUCACUGAAGGAAACCAGCAAUCAUGUCACCUCAGAGAAAACUAAAGUGAAACAUGCAGAAGUAUCGUUCAACUCGGAACCGAAGACAAGGGCUGAUUUCCUACAAUAUUACAAUGAUUUAACCCUGGAUCCAAACACAGCCAAUCCUUAUUUAUGCUUCUCUGAUGGUCGGAGAGUGCUGACCACACGUCCGGAGCCGCAGCCGUACCCCGAGCACCCGGACCGCUUCACCAACUGGGCCCAGGUGCUGUGCAGAGCCGGAAUGGCCGGACGCUGCUACUGGGAGGUGGAGUGGUCUGGGAAGGGAGGGGUUUCCGUCGGCGUCUGCUACAAGAACAUGAGCCGAGGUGGAGGAGGGAGCGACAGCAAGCUGGGGCACAACUCCAAAUCCUGGAGCCUGGACUGCUCCAGCUCCGUCUGUUCGUUUCAGCACAACAAGGAGAGCGUGACCAUCGCGGCUCUCGGCUGCAGCAGGAUCGGAGUGUACCUGGACCUCAGGGCCGGGACUUUGUGUUUCUACAAUGUGUCUGAAACUAUGGGGUUGCUUCAUAAAGUCAAGACGACAUUCACUCAGCCUGUGUACCCAGGAUUCUGGGUGGGAUUAGGGUCAACUCUCAAGCUGUGUUCUCCUUAAACUUGAACAGUGGAAAUGACCUUAACAUUUCACAGAGAAUAAAAACCAAACACAGAGAUGUUUGUGCUCAAAGCUUUAAUAACUGUCAGCUAGGAGCAGCAGCAGCAACACGUUGGUGGAGCAAAGGAAGAGCAGGUGGGGCUUAGAUCUUAUUGAAGGCAGCUACAUCUACACUCUGGACCUGUAGAAGAAGAAAAAACAAGAAAAACAAACAGGUCAAUGUGUGUGUUUGAAGGUAUUUAUGUUUUAUAGCUAUCUGUUGUACAUCCAAGUUGUUUAAUUUAAAAACAAAUAAAGCAUCAAGUGUGAUAUACACUAA